AUGAAACAAACAAGGCAUAGUGAUGUCCACCCAAUUACAUGGAUACCAAGUCCUCAAAUGAUCAGCAAUCCAAAAGCCAUCCAACCACAUUCUGAUACUUAUCUAGAGCAUCGCCUGUGGUCAUCAAAUGCUCUGAGACCGCACUUCCAGGACGUUCCGAAGCCAAAGGUGCAUUUACAGGCUGCACAGCAAUUGCAGGUUCCGCCACUUGCGAAUCCGGCGAAGAAUCAGGACGAAAUGAACCUCACCAAUUGCAAUGUGGGGCGAGGAAACACUGUAACAUCACCAUAUUCGUCGCAGAUGUAUGAGGGGAACAAAUCAGACUUCUGGGAAAUAAAGUCGGGGGAACAGCACCAUGUCCAGUGUUUACGAGGCCAGAUGAGAAAAUGCUUGCGCUUAUUUGGCCAGAUGGAGUUGUGGAUGCAAAUGCUCGAGAUAUUCCACCACUGCCAGGCGAAGCAGAAGGACCAACAGGUGGAGAAUUUGAGCUCUGAGUGGGGAGAUUUUGUGGUGGAAACCGAGCAAAAUCCUACAAGCAAAAAGGAAAAGCAGUUAUAUAUAUACAACUUAUUACCAGCUAAUUCAUCAGGGAGAGAUGUUCCAAGAAGCAACCACAGAGAAUAUCAACCUCAUAAACUCGCUGCUGUGAAUGCGACAAUUGGCCAGGUUUUGGUCGAAGGGCCUCUGAAGGCCAUGUGCAGAUGGGAGCUGAUCAGAAAAUCCCAGGCUUACCAACUUUUCAUCUUCCGUUAUCGUUCCAGAGGAAUGAUGAAGAGGCGCCGCAUACUGAAUCCAGAAACACAUCAGUAUCAAAGUCAAUUAGUGAACUAA